GACUGGGGCUCCUGGCUGUGGGUGUGGUACUGAGGCUUCAGCGGGUGCCGCCCGCCUAGAGGGAGUGGAGCGGUGAGCACGUCAGGGGUGGGGGGCGCAGGUCAAGCUUUCACCAGUUUUUAAUUCUUUGAUGGGGUAAAUUUGAGCAAUUUUCUCGACUUGUCGACAUUCGUUAUUAACUGAGCAGGAAUCAGGAGAGGAACCCGGUCCUCUCCACACAGCCCAGCAGAGAGCCUACGACUAGAUUUGCAUCUUUACGUCCUGCGCGGAGGCUGCUACACACAUGCAGAAGUCAUGCUGGUGGCCUGGACAGUGAAGGGAGAGAAGUGGAUUUGGGAGACAUUUAGGAGGCUUCCAGCUCAGCCCGCCCCAGGCCAGGUGAUCGGCCGCCACAUCCCCUGCGACUAAAGCACCUGCUCCGCCAUGAACUUGCCAAGAGCUGAGCGCCUUCGCUCCACACCGCAGCGCAGCCUCCGGGACUCCGAUGGGGAAGACGGUAAAAUCGAUGUCCUGGGAAAGGAGGAAGAUGAAGACGAGGUGGAAGACGAGGAGGAGGAGGCGAGCCAGCAGUUCCUAGAGCAGUCACUCCAGCCGGGGCUGCAGGUGGCCCGGUGGGGCGGGGUUGCGCUUCCCCGAGAGCACAUCGAGGGCGGCGGCGGCCCGAGCGACCCCUCAGAGUUUGGCACCAAGUUCAGGGCACCGCCAAGGUCUGCGGCGGCCUCUGAAGAUGCCCGGCAGCCGGCAAAGCCCACCUACUCGUACAUCGCGCUCAUCACCAUGGCCAUCCUGCAAAGCCCGCACAAGCGCCUCACGCUCAGCUGCAUCUGCGCCUUCAUUAGUGGCCGCUUCCCCUACUACCGCCGCAAGUUCCCCGCCUGGCAGAACAGCAUCCGCCACAACCUCUCGCUGAACGACUGCUUCGUCAAGAUCCCCCGCGAGCCGGGCCACCCAGGCAAGGGCAACUACUGGAGCCUGGACCCCGCCUCCCAGGACAUGUUCGACAAUGGCAGCUUUCUCCGGCGCAGGAAGCGUUUCAAGCGCCACCAACUGACCCCGGGAGCCCACCUGCCCCACCCCUUCCCUCUACCUGCUGCACACGCCGCCCUGCACAACCCCCGCCCAGGCCCUCUGCUUGGGGCCCCUGCCCCGCCGCAGCCAGUCCCGGGGGCCUACCCCAACACCGCCCCCGGGAGACGCCCUUACGCUCUGCUGCACCCGCAUCCUCUUCGCUACCUACUGCUCUCGGCCCCCGCCUAUGCCGGGGCACCGAAGAAAGCAGAAGGCGCGGACCUGGCACCCGGCACCCUUCCCGUGCUGCAGCCCUCACUUGGUCCUCAGCCUUGGGAGGAGGGCAAGGGUCUGGCGUCGCCACCGGGAGGCGGAUGCAUCUCUUUCAGCAUUGAGAGUAUUAUGCAAGGGGUCAGGGAAGCGGGUACAGGGGCUGCGCAGAGUUUGUCCCCGACCGCGUGGAGCUACUGCCACCUGCUCCAGCGACCAUCAAGCCUGUUGCAUCCCCAAACCGCUGCCCCUUUGCUGCAAGUGUCCGCCGCCGCCGCUGCUCGGACAAUUUUGCAGCAAUAGCGGCAGCAUCAGGAGGAGGACUGCGCCAACGGCUGCGCUCCCACCAAGGGCGCGGUGCUGGGCGGGCACCUGUCGGCCGCGUCGGCGCUGCUGAGGUAUCAGGCAGUGGCAGAGCGCUCUAGGCUGACAUCGCUGGCUGCCCCUUUGGGCGGAGAGGGGACCUCACCAGUUUUUUUAGUAUCGCCCACGCCCAGUUCCCUGGCCAACUCCGCAGGGCCCUCCUAGAGCCAGGUGGGAGUGGGGAGCGACCCGCAGCUGCUCAUUCCACCUUGCGCGGCCCAUACUGGGCGUGUGCAUCUGAAUCCCGCUGGAGAGCAAACUCGAACUUGUGUUCGCUGCAAAAUGGUUAGAAAGAAACAGCUGGAUUACGUU